AUGCCGUCCUGUUGCCAUGUAGGCUUCCUGUGUUUUUUGUUAAAACAUGUAGCCCAGUCCCACCCCCUAGUGGUGGAUUGUGCCCUUCCUCCACUGGGCUGGAUCAUUCAGAGUUCAUCUCAGACCGUGGCACUAGCUGCACAACCAAAUAGUCAGAGCUUCAGCCCUCUGGGGUUUGUGAAGGAGGGUAGGGACCCUCCGAGCUUCACCCGGCAGUCUCCCCCUUUCAGCUUCCUCUCUCUCUGGUCAUGGGCAUUUUUGAACCUGCACUUGAAAGAUUUUCCAAUUCCUCUGUCUGUGAUAUUAUUUUUACUUGGAUGCAGUUUUGAAGUACUAAGCUUUACAUCUUAUGAGGUCCAAAGAUAUGCAAAAGACAUACAAUGGAUGAGUCCAGACUUAUUUUUUCGUCUAUUUGUACCAGUAAUUUUCUUUACUGCUGCAUUUAACAUGGAUAUAUACACAUUUCAAAAGUUACUUUGGCAGGUACUUUUAAUUACAGUUCCUGGCUUUUUGGUUAAUUAUAUCCUAGUUCUUUGGUAUCUGGCAUCUGUAAAUAAAUUAUUUUUGGAGCCCACUCCAAGGUUAUUAUUUUCAGCUAUCCUUGUGAGUUCAGAUCCCAUGCUAACUGCAGCUUCUAUAAGAGACCUUGGGCUUUCUAGAAGCCUCACCAAUUUAAUUAAUGGAGAAAGUCUGAUGACCUCUGUUCUAUCAUCAAUUACAUUUACUAGCAUUAUGGAUUUUAAUAAAGGACUAUACAGUGAAAGGAACCAAACCUUAGCUCAAAGCAUUGUGAGUGCAGUUUGUUCAUAUAUUAUAGCAAGUUUCUGGUUCGGAAUUCUAAGUUCAAAGCUGAUUCAAUGGUGGAUGUCAACUGUUUUUGGUGAUGAUAUCAGUCAUAUGAGUCUCAUCUUUUCAACUCUGUAUCUCAUCUUUUAUAUUUGUGAGUUAGUUGGAAUGUCAGGAAUAUUUACUCUGGCCAUUGUGGGACUUCUUCUAAAUUCUACAAGUUUUAAAGCAGGAGCUGAAGCAUUUCUUCUUGAAUUCUGGAAUUGUCUGUCAUUUGUUGCUUUUCUUAUGGUGUUUACUUUCUCUGGACUUCUAAUUCCUGCACAUGUAUAUUUGUAUAUAAAAUUUUCUGAUAUAUACUAUACAUUAAAUAUCUACUUCACACUGAUUGUUUUAAGACUUGUGAUCCUUCUGUUAAUGAGCCCUGUUUUUUCUCGGGUUGGUCAUGAGUUCAGCUGGCGCUGGGUAUUCAUCAUGGUCUGGAGUGAAAUGAAAGGGACGCCUAAUAUAAGCAUGGCCCUUCUGCUUGCCUACUCUGAUCUUUAUUUUGCAUCUGACAGAGAAAAAUCUCAAAUAUUAUUUCAUGGAGUGUUAUUAUGCCUAAUAACCCUCGUUGUCAAUAAAUUUAUUUUGCCAAAGGCAGUUACUAUACUAGGUCUUCGUGAUGUCACAUCAACAAAAUAUAAAUCAUUUUGUUACACAUUUCAACACUUUCAAGAGCUAACCAAGUCUGCAGCCUCUGCACUUAAAUUUGACAAAGAUCUUGCUAAUGCUGAUUGGAACGUGGUUGAGAAAGCAAUUGUACUCAAAAACCCCUAUGUGUUGAGCCAAGAAGAAGCAACAGAACAUCAGAAGGUGAAAUGUCCACACUGUAAAAAGGAAAUAGAUGAGACCUUUAACAUUGAAGCAAUGGAGCUGGCCAACAGGCGUCUCUUGUCGGCACAAAUAGCAAGCUACCAGAGACAAUACAGGGAUGAGACUCUGUCCCAGAGUGCUGUGCAGGUGUUGGUAGGUGCAGCAGGAAGUGUUGGUGAGAAGAAGGGAGAAUAUAUGAGUCUUGAGACAAUAAGGAAUUAUUCUGAAAGCAAAAAAACACUUACCUUUACUAGAAAACUACUGCUCAAUUGGGUGUAUAAUACUAGAAAGGAACAAGGGAUCCCAUCAAGAUACUUCUUUUUUCAUAUAUGCCAUAAAAUAGUAUUUACUGAGGAAUUUGAGUAUAUUGGAUACCUUGUGGUACUAACGAAUAUAUUUCCUAUUGUAAUCUCUUGGAUAUCCUGGUUAAAUGAAAUCUACAGCAGAGAAUUAAAACUCAGUAACUACUCUUUUCUUACAUAUUAUAUUCUAGAGGCACUACUUAAGAUAGCAGCAAUGAGGAAGGAUUUUUUUUCACAUGCCUGGAACCUGUUUGAAUCAGCAUUUACAUUAAUUGGCAUCUUAGAUAUAAUACUUGAUGAAAUAGACACCACUAAGUAUAUUUCUGAUGUGACUCGAGCAAAGGUCUUUAUAAAAGUUGUUCUGUUUCUUCGUAUACUACGCAUUUUCAAGCUCAUAGCACCAAGGUUGCUGCAGAUAAUAGAUAAAAGAAUGAGUCAUCAGCUGACCUUUUGGUAUGCAAUACUAAAAGGGUAUGUCCAAGGCGAAGCAGACAUAAUGACUAUAAUUGAUCAGAUUACAAGUUCUAAACAGAUUAAACAGAUGUUACUAAAGCGAGUGAUAAGGAAUAUGGAAGAUGCCAUGAAGGAGCUAGGCUACUUAGAGUACGAUCACCCAGAAAUUGCUGUCACCAUGAAAACAAAGGAGGAAAUUAAUGUUAUGCUCAAUAUGGCUAGAGAAAUUGUUAAGGUUUUCAGAUUAAAAGGAAUUAUUCACAAAACUGAAGCUGCUGAAAUUAAUAAGUUAAUCACGGCCAAAAAGAGAGAGGUGCUUGAUUCUCAAUAUUUUAUCAGGCCUCUUACCAUUGAAGAAGUCCUAUAUCAUAUUCCAUGGCUUGAUAAAAACAAAGAUCACAUAAACUUCAUUCAGGAAAAAGCCAAAGUUGUAACAUAUGAUUGUGGAAAUGAUAUAUUUAAAGAAGGUGAUGAGCCCAAAGGAAUCUAUAUCAUUAUUUCAGGCAUGGUAAAGCUUGAAAGAUCAAAGCCAGGUUUGGGGAUUGAUGAAAUGUUGGAGUCAGAGGAGAAAGAUUAUCUGAUAAUUGACUAUGCGCUCAGUGGGGAAAUAUUAGGAGAGAUAAGCUGCUUAACUAAUGAACCUAUGAAAUAUUCUGCCACCUGCAAAACUGUAGUGGAGACAUAUUUUAUUCCCAAAACUCACUUGUAUGAUGCUUUUGAGCAAUGUUCUCCUCUCAUUGAACAUAAAAUGUGGGUAAAAAUUGGACUCAUUAUUACAGCCAGAAAAAUCAGAGAACAUUUGUCUUACGAGGAUUGGAACUACGAGAUGCAACUUAAACUCUCUGAUAUUUAUUUAGAAGAUAUACCAAAGAGCACCAAAACUGAUAUCUGUGAUGAAAAUUUAAUCUAUGUUAUCCUCAUACAUGGAGCUGUAGAAGAUUGUCAGUUAAGAAAAAUUUAUAGGGCACCUUUCUUAAUUCCUACCACAUGCCAUCAGAUACAAGGUACAGAAGAUUUCACAAAAGUCAUGAUUAUUCAAAGUUCAAUUAAUAUGAAACCAAGCAGUUGGACUACUACAAAGUUUAUUCCUAAACAUAAAACUUCUCUUCUACCAGAAUUACUUAGGAGAGUGUUAGUUCACUCACAGCAGUUACCGCCCAGCAAGACGCAGCAUGGACUCUCCGAUUUACAUUCACUUCAGUCCUUUCACAACGCCCAGAUGGCAGAGGCUUCUCCACUCAGCCUUAUGCAGCUGUCUCUAAUUCUUGCAAAUUGCUCGACACAUGAGGCCCCUCCUAAUGGGCCUGAUAUCUUUCAUGACUGA